GGCUCUGCCAGCUUCAGGGCGGGGGAAGGCGCAUCACCGAGUUUAGCGGAAGAAGACGUCCACCAGACCAGAGCGAGCUGUCACUUUGAUUCGUGCGCAUCCACGGUGAGAGGCGAGAUCCACGCGGUCCGUUCUAGCGCGGGAUGGCACCAAAGAUGCUAAUGAGUGCCAUCCGAGACUCGCUAGCCGGCCAGCCAAGGAUGUCCGAGGAAUCGCGCGUGACCUCGAACGAUUGCAUGCAUGCGGGAUGACGUUAAUGAACCGUUUGGGUCACUCGGCCCCAGGGACAGCCAGGACGAAGGCGAGGGCGCAGGCCGAUGGACGGCGGUCUAGUCUGGGACGCCCUCGCACACCGAGGCGGUACCGGGCAAAAACGGGACGUUCCCAAGGUGCUAUAAAAAGCUUCGGCCGGGUCGGUCAAGCCAUCCAGACACAGCCUGCAAACCGCCUCGAGCAGUACGAUUCCGGCAUCCCGGGACCGCUCCUUAGUGUAAUUAGUGUGUAGAUAGGAAGUUGGCCGUUUUCACCAUCACCAUCAACCUGAAUGUAUCAGUAACCUUUCGCCAGGAUCGUACCUGUGUGCCUGCGUUCGUCUUGCCGUGUGCGCGUCCUUUGAGCCAGUUGCUUGUCCGCGGUCCUGCUGUGAUUAAGUGUUCUUUUGAGUGUCUCUGUGUGUAGUAAAAUAGUUCUAACAAAAAUGGCAAUGUCGUUCGGAAACGUUCUGCUGCUGGCCGCCCUGCUCGUGGGAUACUCCUACUGGAGCUUAGCCCAACCAACGAACCUGAUCGAGAUCCGGUGCAAGAUGCAGCGCGAUGAAGACAUCAGCACGUGUAAAUACGGCUUCUACAUGACCACCUGCAAAACGUUUGCCUGUUGGAAGGGCCCGAACGAACCGUGCGGCGGCGAGCUGAGCAACAACAUGCUGUACGGCAAGUGCAAGUCCGGGCUGCGGUGCUGCAACGGCCGGUGCACCGGUUGCCUGAACGGGGUGUGCAGCGACUCCUGCCACCCGUCCAAGCUGCACAGCUUCCAGCAUCGCUCCGACCCGUACAUGGUGGAGGAGCGCCACCUGAGCCCGCUCUACCGGUUCUUCGACUACUACAGCAACGAGUAAGGCGGCUACAGUCCCACUCCGCACGAUCAACCCGAUCACCACAGUCGUCACACAGUCACCCGCACUACCCCGAUACUUACGCCGAUCGAGCAAAAGAAGAAGAAGAAGAAGAAGAAAGAAAAAGAUAAAUAAACGCUUCGCAACACAACGUGUCGCAAUGGUAGCCACUUCAAACGAUGCCAGUGGGCUUUGCCAUUCCGCGCAACGAUCUCCGCUCUCCUGUCCGCUGUCCGGAGAUCCUGGGAACAUUCCAACCAUCCGCAGCCCCUCUAGACAGUUUGCUUCUACUUAGAUAAGAACACGUAUAGCCCUUCAAUAAAGCAGAAAAAAAGUAAUGUAACAUCUACAUGAACCCCAGUGAAA